AUGCAGGUCGCGCAGCGUCAGCUCCGCCGACCGUUUUCCACGGGCUUGCGUGCCAAGGAUAUUCCAGGACCCAAGGCAUGGCCUCUGUUGGGGGCACUGCCCGACUUUCUGCAGCGCACUGGUGGCAUGGCACCUCCGAAAGGCCCGAUGAUGCUGAAGGCCCACGACGGCUACUACAAGGAGUUUGGCAGCAUCUACAAGCUGUCGCUUCCGGGCGACGAGCAAAUUGCAGUCUGCAGGCCGGAGACCUUCAUGCAGAUGUACCGAAAUGAGGGCAUGUAUCCGGUCGGUGGUUUCUCGCUGAUGUGGCCGAUGGUAAAGUGGGCCGAGGAGACCAAAAAGCAGGUCUACCUCGACUGGAUUGGCGCCGGAGAGCCCUGGCGCAAGAUUCGCCUCACGAUGCAGGAGGAUAUCAUCGGACCGAGGACUGCGAGAACGUACCUUCCGUACAUCAACGAGGCCAUGCGGAUGGCCUCCCCCCACCUGCCGCACUUCAAGGACGAGCCCGACGUGUUUGUGACCCGCGUGGCCUUCGACAUGUUCUGCUCCCUCUUUUAUGGCGUGCAGAUGAAGACAGCCUCGCCAUCGCCAGACCCGGAGCAUAUCGGCUUUGUGAAGGACACGUCUGAAGCUUUCCGCUUGCUGGGACAGGGUAUUUUCCAGCCACACCUGAAGAAGAGCAUCUUCAAGUAUCACCCAUUCAACAAAAAGUUUACCGCCGCCUUGGAGCGCAGCUAUGCCUACUCCAGCAAGCUCAUGGACCAGGCGCUCGAAAUGUCCAAGCAAGCACCCACGGAGGCCACCAAGCCGUACAUCGUCCGCGUCCUUGAGCGCGAGAGCAUGCCGGUGGAGAGCAUAAAGGAGGUGGCGGCAAGCGUCCUGCAGGCAGGCAUUGACACCACGCGGUCCGUGAUCAAUUGGAACCUGCUCUACCUUGCCACACACCCGGAGAAGCAGGAGCUCCUCCGCCGGGAGCUUCGGGAGACACUUGGCGACGGGGAUUUGACAGAAGAUGUGGCAGCAAACAUGAAGAUCAAGCUGCCCUACCUCAGGGGCGUGAUCCGCGAGACGCACCGUGUGGCGCCUCCGACCUCCAUCAUGACGGCCCGCCCGGCACUCUCAGAUCUGGUUCUCGACGGAUACAACGUGCCCGCAGGUGCCACGGUGCUCUUCAACGCCUUCUCCGUGCAGAACGACCCGAAGUAUGUGGAGGAGCCCGAAGCCUUCCGACCCGAGCGUUGGCUGCCUCAUGCCGUGGAGUCGCGCAAGGGCACCGAGGCAGAGGUGAUUGAUGACAAGCUGCUAGCCACACCCUUCUCAUUCGGUGCCCGGAUGUGUUUGGGCGGCCGGGUGGCGGACCUGGAGAUCUCGGCGGCCUUAGCGCACCUGAUCCGGGAUUGGCGUAUCUCAGCGCCGGUGGAGCCAGGCUCCUGGAGGACGCUGCAGCCACUUCUGAGCAAGGCGCACCCUUUCCCGUCCUUCAAAGUGGAGCCCGCUUAA